UGGCAACCACGCUAACCAUGUAGGCGGGACACCGCGACUCCGGGUAUCUACACGGAAAACCUAAGGUAUUUAGAGUUCAGUUGAUUAUGACCAAUGGCCUCAAAACGAGAGUUCUGCGAGCGAAUUCGUCAAAAUAAGGUUUUCCUCGUGGAGACUUUAUGUGAAGAAGCUGACGUCAUCGUGCAGCACGCACAGCAAGAAAAACUUAUAACUCAGCGCGAGUACAGGAACCUCAAAGAUGUCGGGAAGAGAUCCAGAGAGACCAUGAUCAUCGAUCUGCUCGACAAACUCAUGAGCAAAGGAGAGGAAACCUGCUGCAAAUUCAUAAAGCUCUUAAAACAGGACAAUAUAGUGGAGACUUUUCCAUUGUUGGCGGAUCAUUGCAUUAUUGCACCUUCAAACCGGGACACCAGCUUGAAAUAUCCAAACCAGGAAACAUCAGUAGAGAUCAAGCAAUACCAAAUAUCGCAAAUUCCACGUGGUACCUGUGUAAUCAUCAACAAUGUACAUUUUGCAACCAUGAAUGACAGGCCUGGAUCAGAUAUGGACGAAAAGUCUCUUGACAAAGUUUUCAACUGGUUGGGAUUUCGUGUGGUGGUACACCGAAAUAAAACUGCAGCACAAAUGAAAGAUCUCCUGAUGGAUCUUGGCCAGAGAGUAGAUGGGGACUGCUUCAUAUGCUGCGUCCUUAGCCACGGCAGCAAAGACGGAGUCUAUGGAACCGAUGUGGGCCUUGUUUCUGUUGAUGAAAUACGUGAACCUUUCAAUGGCAUUAACUGUAAGAGCCUAGCUGGAAAGCCCAAACUGUUUUUCAUACAAGCUUGUCGUGGGAAUAGAAAACAAAACAUUGUGAAAGUCCAAGCAGAUGACCCGUCAGGAGAGGAGUUGGAGCUGGAGGUGGAUGCUGAGGGUUUUGAUGUCUCAAUCCCAGCUGACUCAGAUUUCCUCAUCGCCAGAUCAACCACCGACGGUCACUACUCUUAUAGAAAUGCAGAAACAGGCUCUUGGUUUAUUCAAUCACUUUGCCGGCAGCUAGAAACACACUGUCCUCAGGGUACAGACAUCUACACAAUACUACUUUCUGUGAAUGAUGAGGUCAGCCAACAUGGGUUUAGGUGCAAACAAAUGCCUGUCCAUGAAGUUGCCAUGAGGAAGAAACUGAUUCUUCCUGUACCUAAUACACAGUGAAACAAUGAAUGAAGUCCAACAGAGGAUUUUAACAUAUUCUUUAUAGAAAUAUUUCAUUUUUUAUAUGAGAACCAAUACUGUUUACAUGAUGGGAAUUUUGAGCCAUGAUAUUUUUUUUUUAACGAUUUAAAAAAAACAUUUUAAUGUUUUUUUUUUAAAAAGGGGCUAAGAUUAAAUUUUUUCAAUUGUUUUGACAAAUUACACAAACUGUAAAAAAUGUGAUUCCUGUUUUCUAUCCAUUCUAUUGUGUCCAGAUGACAUCAUGAUAACUGAAUUAUCACGGUAUUAACUGGGAUUUGUUUGGCAAAUAAACAAUAUUAUCAGUCCAAUUAAUCUUUAUUGUCUAUUUAAUUUUAUUCACUUUUUAGCCAAUGUAUUCUGCUUAAAAGACGAGUAAGGAAGGCAGAAAGAGAGUUUGCAACCAUUGUGGCUCUUAAGGCAAAAUUUUAAACAGCUGCUAAAUUAUUUACGAU